GUUGUUAUUAGCAACGCAAAAUUAUGGCGGACAUACCGCCAACAAUUCUUUAAGUAAUUCUUACUUUUUAAACAGAUUUACGGUUACCAAAAUAAUCAAGUGGUCAGCUAUUUUAGUUUUCUUAUCAAAUUUGCAUAUCAACUAACUUUUACUUUAAAUCAAAUACGAUUUAAUUGAGUAAAAGGAAAAAGUUGAUAGAAGGUUGUGAUAAGUUGAAAAAACAAAAAUUUUUAUUGGAAUUUGUUGUUAAAACUAAACAAAACUAGACUAUGUCUGGAAGUGGUUCGUUAACGCCCAGUCAAAAUGCUGCUGGUAAGUAUUUAUCUUACUGAAAGUUAAGUAUAUCCAAGAUAAAUUGCACAAAUGUAAGCAGGCACUCCUAAAAGUCCAAGGAGUCAGAGUGGUGAGACAAAAGAUCCAGAUCAAUUGUCAAACGUCAGGGCAUCUCCGUUAGGAGGAGAAGGGGGUGAUGUAGUAUCAAAUGCAGACAAAUCAGAGACAAGAAGCAUACAAUCUCCUGCUGUAGAAUCUAUUGAAAAAGCAGAAGACAUUAGAGAUGUAAUAAAGGACAGAGUAAUUCUUCCUGGUCUAACUGAAUCAAUGUGGAAAGAAGAAAACUUAGAAGCAAUUGAAGCAUUUUGUGCCAACGAACGCCUCUUGAUUGUUUACGAUGAUCAAAUUCAUGGCUUGGUUACAGCAAACGCUAUACCAAAGUAUAGCAUCAAUGAAAUGUUCUUUUUCAUUAAAACUAAAAAGAAUGUAGAACUGACAGUUGAAAAUUUUAAUUUGAUUGUUCAGUACGGUAUGACUGGACAAGAACAUAUACCAGCUCUUCUAAGGCUUAUGAUUGGAGUCUAUGCUCCAAUUUUUUUUGAGAAUAAAUCUUGGCCGGAUAGUAUUAAAAAUGAUUUUACUGCCCAACUUCAUAAGUUUUUAGCAAGUUUAACCGAUACAAGAUGGAGAAUGGAAGGUAAAACUGUAUUGUACAUACCUCACGAAGGUGUUGCCCGAGAUAUAGAAGAGGCUUUUAAAGAUAAGGAUUUGGUCCAGAGAUUAGAAACUGCUAUGAUACACUGGACAAGACAAAUAAAGGAAGUUCUGAGCUCCCAAGAUUCCUUACAAACAGCAGCAGAAAAUGCUGGCCCUCUAGAGGAAAUUGACUUCUGGAAGAAUAGAUGUGCCGAUUUGAGUGGUAUAAGUACUCAGCUUGACAAAUCUGGAGUAAAAAGAAUAACACAAAUCUUAGAAUUGGCUAAGAGCUCUUAUGUAGGCCCAUUUCUGAAAUUAUCCAGUCAGAUAAAGGAUGGAUCACACCAAGCUCUAAGUAAUCUGAAAUUCUUAUCUGUGCUGAAAGAUCCUUGCGUUGAACUAGCUGACGCCCAUCCGAAAGAUAUACCCAAUAUGUUACCUAAACUCAUUAAUACAAUUAGAAUGAUCUGGGUAAAUUCAGAUUUCUAUAAGAGUCGCGAUAGAUUAACAGGAUUAUUAAGGAAAUUAAGUAACGAAAUUAUCAGACGAUGCACGAACGAAAUAGAUUUGGACAGAAUCUUUGACGGAUAUGUUCAAUCUAGUAUGAAAACUUUGAACGAAUGUAUUGAUUGCUGUGAACAAUGGAAGCAAAUAUAUGAUAAGACUCAAAAGUUACAUCAUAAAUUCUCUCAAACUCCAUGGGUUCUUGAUAAGAGUAGUAUAUUUGCUCAGAUUGAUGCUUAUGUUCAACGUUGUAAAGACCUAUUGGAAGUUUGCGAUUGUCAAAUACACUUUGCAAGGAGAGAGGAAGGCGAACAAACGAGUAUACCUUUAUUUGCAGGCGCAAGGGGUUUGGACAUAGCACGUUCACUAUUAGAGAUAGAAACAGUUUUUGAAAAGCAUCUUAACAAUCUCCGCCAUGUUAAACACUCAAUUUUGGAUGUAAAGGCUACGAGUUGGCACGAUGAUUAUAACAGAUUCAGAGGAGGAAUAAAAGAUUUAGAAGUAAUGAUGCAAAAUGUUCUUUGCUCCGCUUUCGAAACUGUUACUACAGUUGAACAAGGAGUAGAAGUUUUAGAUAUCUUUAUGCAUCUUUCAUCAAGAGAAGCAAUGAGAAGAACAAUUGAUAAAAAGACUGUUGAAAUCUACGCCAUGUUUACUGAAGAACUUAAUGCUGUUAAAAAAGAAAUGACGCAAAAAUCAAUUCCCCUUCCGAGCAAUCAUCCAAAAUUCGCUGGACAAGCACACUGGUACAGAAUGUUGAAGAGGAGGAUAGAAUAUUCGAUGAUGGUUCUCGAUAGAGCCCAUUUCCUCCCACCAAUUGGUUCAGGAGAUGAGACUAGAAUUCAGUAUCAACAACUCUGUCAAGCUUUGGACGAGAGUAGUAGGAAAACAUUCUACGAAUGGACACAAACAAUCGACAAGGAACCUCUGAAAUUAUUAGAUAUACCUUUAAUGCGUAAAAGUCAGGAGAGAGAGAUUAUGUUGGAUAUCAAUUUCGACAAAUCAUUAUUGAAGUUAUUCCAAGAAAUUCAUUAUUGGGAACGUUUAAUGUUCGAAAUUCCUCAUUAUGCUGCCGAUGUUUAUACAAAACGAGAUGAACUUCGUAGUCUAAGGGAACACGUUCUUCUCGUUGUUAGAGACUAUAAUAGAAUUAUAGCCGCUCUGUCCGAAGAGGAACGAGCCUUAUUUAAGGAAAGAAUUAAGACAUUAGACAAAAAGAUAGGACCUGGUUUAAAUAAACUAACAUGGGCAUCUAAAAAUGUUUCUGAAUAUUUUAUCAAUGAAUGCCGAAUGCACGCUAGCAGAGUUCAAAAUAUUGUCGAUUCCUAUAAGGCGGCAAAUUCCAGAAUUUUGGAACAUUGCAAAAAGAUUUGUGAAAAUCUUCUUGUUAAAAUCGAUCCUAAGAAAGUCUAUAUGAACUUGGAGUUUGAAGAUGACCAAGGAGAUCAUAGGGAAUAUAUUACUGGUAAACUCAGGGAACUUCAUCUAGAGAUUGUUGAUAUAAUGAAACAAACCCAUAAAGUAUUCGAAAACGAUAGAGACGUUGAAACUCACUGGGCAAAAUAUACACUUAAAAUGGACGAAAAAGUUGCAGAAGCUUUCAGAUUAAACGUUAAAUGGUCCUUGCAACAAAUUGGAAAGGCAAUAAAUGGUGAUGGGAAAUCGGCACCAAACGCUCUUUUUAGAGUCGAAGUAACCUUGGAUGGAGAUAAAGUUGAAUUCUCUCCAACUCUUAAGCAAUUAGCAGAUAUUGUCAGUUCAGUUGCGGAUCAUAUGAAAGAUUGCAUUAAACCUAUUCAAAGAUUACCAGCUCUAGUAGCCAAAAAGAAAUCGACAUCAUUUCCAAAAGAGUCGAUUGCUGAAAGAAUUGCUGUCGAUAGCGAUGUACAAAAAAUACAAAAACAAAUUGAAGUAGGAAUGGAGAAUAAUGCUUCACAGCUUCAGACUUAUUUGAAGCGUUGGGAUGAGUAUAGAGAAAUCUGGGAAAUUGGAAAGGACGCUUUCAUUAAACGAUAUGCCAAACUAAAACCUCAUGUUGGAAGUUUCGACGCCGAUAUUGGCCGUUAUACUGAAGUUGCUAACAAUGUUCACACUCAAGAUCCGAUUUUGAAUAUUCAAUUCGUUAUGUUGGAUUGCUCACCGUUAAAAAAUUCUAUUCUUCAACAUUGUACCCAAUGGCAACAAAAAUUCACAGGAUUACUCAAAGAUAUUGCCAUUGGUGAGAUGCAAAAUCUUACGGAUCAUUUGCAAGAGAAGGGGCACAAAGUGACUCAAAUGCCUCAAAAUCUGGAUGAGUUAAACGAGUCCCUGACCCUCUGGGAUGAACUACAAAAUAGUCUCACUGACAUCGAAGAACGUUUCAGACCUCUAGAUGAACAAUUCUUCAUUUUAGCGAAAUACGAAGUGUCAAUUGAAGAAUCAGCUAUUGCCAUGAAAGAAAAUCUUCCCAAAGAAUGGGAAAUUUUCAAAGAGAGACUUACAGAGUCCGAAGACAUGUUGAAAAAAGCAAAGGAAAAAUUCAAAACAGGCCUGUUAUCGCAAUCUGAAGAUUUCAAAAAGCAAGUGGGAUCUCUCGUAUCCAGUUUUGGACAAGAAGGACCAUUCGCUGCAAAUUUUGGAACUGACGAAGCCCUUUCCAAAAUUCAAGAAUUCAAAGCUCAUAUUCAAGCUUUACGAGAUCAAGAAGCAACUAUUAGAAAAGGACUCAAUAUUUUUAGAAUUGAUCAUCCUCCUCCUAAAGAGUUGGCAGCUCUUGAAAAAGACUUGGAACAAUUGGAGCUAGUCUGGCAAAUAACCAAAGAUUGGGAAACAAGCUGGGCGGACUGGAAAUCAGGAAAAUUCAUCGCCCUACAAACAAAGGAUAUGGAAGAAGUAUCGACAUCUGUAUUCAAGAAAUUAAACAAGAUGAGUAAAGAAUUAAAAGAUAAAAACUGGGAUAUUGUGGAUAACACCAAAGGAAAGGUUGACCAAUUCAGAAGAACUAUGCCUCUUAUAACUGAUUUGAAGAAUCAAGCCAUGAGACCAAGACAUUGGGUACAAAUAAGGGAAGAAAUGAAUAGACAAUUUGAACCUGAUGCAGAAGAAUUUACUUUGGAAGUGAUUAUUGAAUGGGGAUUUGAUGUCUAUGGCGAAAAGAUAAACGAAAUUUCUGGUGCUGCUACGAAGGAAUUGGCUAUUGAAAAUGGUUUGAAAGAAAUUGAGAGCACUUGGUCCGUUACAGAAUUAGAUAUUGCACCAUAUAAGGAUAAAGGACACUUUAAACUCAAGGCCACUGAUGACGUUUUUGCGGUUAUAGAAGAUAACCAAGUAAAAUUACAAACCAUGAAAGCAUCGAGAUUUGUCAAAGCAUUCGACUCUGAUGUUGAUAAAUGGGAAAGAAAUCUUUCUCUUAUUGGAGAAUGCAUCGAAAUGCUCCUAACCGUUCAAAGACAAUGGAUGUAUCUAGAGAAUAUAUUCCUUGGAGAGGAUAUUAGAAAGCAAUUGCCACGGGAAUCCCACGAUUUCGACGAGAUAAAUAGUAAAUGGAAAGGAAUAAUGACCAGAAUGAAUAAGGAUAAGAAUGCUUUGAGAAGUACUCAUCAUGAGAAUCUAUUUGAGACUCUGAACGAAAUGAAUACAAAACUAGAAGAAAUACAAAAGUCUCUGGAUAUGUACUUGGAAACCAAGAGACAGAUCUUCCCAAGAUUCUACUUCUUAUCUAAUGACGAUUUAUUAGAGAUCUUAGGUCAAAGCAAGAACCCAAAGGCAGUAGAACCUCAUUUGAAAAAGUGCUUCGACAAUAUUGUUAAAGUCAAUAUGUCCAAACAAAACCAUGCUCAGAAAUGGGAAGGUACAAAUAUGAGUUCAGCUGAUGGUGAAACAAUUCAAUUUAUUCAAUCAACUCAAUUGGAAGGACCUGUAGAAGCUUGGUUAUGUGAUAUAGAGAAAAAUAUGAGGAAUACGCUUAAAGAGGAGUUAAAAAAAUGCAAGAAUGCUCUCAGAAAAAUGUUGACAAAGCGAGAUAAAUGGAUAAAGGAGCAUCCAGGUCAAAUGUGUAUAACUGCUAGUCAAAUGCAAUGGACAGCAGACGUUACAAAAGGUUUAUUAACAACUAAAGAAAGAGGUGAUAAGAAGGCAUUGAAAUCUUUAAAGAAAAAACAAGUAGCAAUGCUCAACAAAUUCUCGGAAGCCAUUAGAGGAUCUCUAAAUAAGAUUCAACGAUUAAAGAUCGUUGCCCUAGUUACCAUUGAAGUUCACGCCAGAGAUAUUAUUGAAAAGCUAAUCAAGACCAACUGUAACGAUCCUUCUGCUUUUGAAUGGCUUAGUCAAUUAAGAUUUUACUGGGAAAGAGACAUUGACGAUUGCGUCAUUAGACAAACGAACACAGAAAAUCAAUAUGGCUACGAAUAUCUUGGCAAUUCUGGAAGAUUAGUUAUUACUCCAUUAACUGACAGAUGUUAUAUGACAUUAACAACUGCUCUUCAUCUACACCGUGGUGGUAGCCCUAAAGGCCCAGCUGGUACGGGUAAAACCGAAACUACAAAGGAUCUUGGAAAAGCCUUAGGCAAUUACGUAAUCGUCGUUAACUGCUCGGAGGGUUUAGAUUACAAGAGCAUGGGUAGAAUGUUUUCCGGUCUUGCUCAAACAGGAGCUUGGGGCUGCUUCGAUGAAUUUAACCGAAUCAACAUCGAAGUAUUAUCUGUUGUCGCACAACAAAUUCUAAGUAUACUAUCGGCUUUAGCAAAUCAAUCACGAAGAUUUACAUUCGAAGGAAGAGAAAUUCAACUGGAAUGGAGUUGUGGUAUUUUUAUCACUAUGAAUCCAGGUUACGCUGGAAGAACUGAACUCCCAGAUAACUUGAAGUCUAUGUUUAGACCUAUAUCCAUGGUUGUUCCUGAUUCGAGUCUUAUAUCCGAAAUUAUCCUAUUUGCCGAAGGAUUUAAUAAUACUAAACUUUUCGCGAAGAAAGUCUUCACUCUUUACUCUCUCGCCAUUCAACAACUUAGUAAACAAGAUCAUUACGAUUUCGGCUUGAGAGCUUUAGUAAGUCUUUUAAGAUACGCUGGAAAGAAGAAAAGGUCUAACCCUAAUAUGAGCGACGAAGAAAUUUUAUUGGUAUCAAUGAAAGAUAUGAAUAUUGCAAAAUUAACAAGCGUAGAUCUUCCACUCUUUAAUGGCAUAUUAUCUGAUUUGUUCCCUGGAAUUGAAACCCAGCCAAUCGACUAUUCAACAUUAGAAACAGCUAUUAAAGAAGAACUUUCUGCUAAACAAUUACAACCGAUAAAAAGUACCAUUAAUAAAGUUAUACAACUAUUCGAAACGAAAUCAUCUCGACACUCAGUUAUGAUAGUCGGACAAACUCAGAGUGGUAAGACGGUUUCUUGGCGAGUGCUACAAUCAGCAAUGGCUAGACUUAAUAAGGAAAACCCAGAAACUUAUCAAGUGGUAAGGGAUUAUCCUUUAAAUCCAAAAGCUUUAUCCUUAGGGGAAUUGUAUGGUGAAUUCGACCUAUCAACAAAUGAAUGGACAGAUGGUGUUUUGUCUUCAGUAAUGAGACAAACAUGUGCCGAUGAUAAACCCGAUGAAAAAUGGAUUAUCUUUGAUGGACCCGUAGAUACAUUAUGGAUUGAAAGUAUGAACUCUGUUAUGGAUGACAAUAAAAUCUUGACACUUAUAAACGGUGAGCGUAUUGGAAUGCCAGAUCAAGUAAGCUUAUUAUUUGAAGUUGAAGAUUUAGCUGUUGCCAGUCCAGCCACAGUAAGCAGAUGUGGUAUGGUCUAUUAUGACUAUUCUAAUUUGGGUUGGCAACCAUACGUUGACAGUUGGUUAGCCAAAAAGACAGACAAAACUUUCGUUGAGGAAGCGAAAAGAUUAUUCGAUAAGUUCCUCGUAAAGGUUCAAAACUUUAAGAAGGAGUCUCAAUGUUACGAAUUAGUGGCUGUCCCAGAACUCAAUGCUGUAAUAAGCCUAUGUAAGCUGAUGGAUACUCUAGCAACUCCUGAAAAUGGAGUUGAUCCCUCCGAUACUGAUAACUUUUCAAAAAUGAUCGAAUUAUGGUUCCAGUUUUGUAUGAUAUGGUCGAUUUGCUCAUCUGUUGAUGAAGAUGGAAGAAAGAAAAUUGAUAAUUUCCUUAGAGAAAUGGAAGGAACAUUCCCAAACAAAGAUUCCAUUUAUGAAUACGAAGUAGACCCUAAAAAUAAAACUUGGUCUCAUUGGGAAGAGCGAUUACGACACGGCUGGAAAUAUAAUCCUAGCUUACCCUUCUUCAAGCUUAUAGUACCAACCGUAGAUACAGUCCGAUAUAAUUUCUUAGUCACAAAUCUAGUUAAUAAUCAACAGCCUGUAAUGUUAGUAGGACCUGUUGGUACUGGUAAAACAAGUGUAGCUGAAGGCGUUAUCAAUCAGCUAGACCCUGCAGCGUACAACGUUUUAACUGUAAAUAUGUCGGCCCAAACAUCUUCUAACAAUGUUCAAGAUAUUAUUGAAUCUCGUGUUGAAAAGAGAACAAAAGGCGUAUACGUUCCUGUAGGAGGAAAAAAGAUGAUUUGCUUCUUGGAUGACUUUAAUAUGCCAGCUAAGGACACUUUCGGUUCCCAACCACCUUUGGAACUUGUUAGGCAAUGGUUAGAUUACGGAUUCUGGUAUGAUAGAUUGAAGCAAACAAUAAAGGAAGUGAGAAAUAUGUUCCUAUUAGCGGCUAUGGGUCCACCUGGAGGUGGAAGAAUGAUUAUAUCUAAAAGAUUACAGAGUCGAUUCAACCUGCUUAAUAUGACAUUCCCAGCUGAAUCUCAAAUUAAAAGAAUAUUUGGUUCAAUGAUUAAUCAAAAGCUACAAGAUUUUGAGGAAGAAGUUAAACCAAUAGGAGACAUUAUGACUGAAGCAACAAUUGAAAUGUAUAACGCUGUUGUUGGUAGAUUUCUUCCAACACCCACAAGGAUACAUUACUUAUUCAACCUCAGAGAUAUUUCCAAGAUUUUCCAGGGUCUCUUAAGAGCAAACAAAACCUUUCAUGAUACCAGAACCUCAAUGACCAGAUUGUGGAUUCAUGAAUGUUUCAGAGUCUUCUCCGAUCGUUUAGUGGAUGCUAAAGAUAACGAGGCCUUUAUUGGUAUUCUUGCCGACAAACUCGGAAUACUUUUCGACACAACCUUCCAUUCAAUAUGCCCAGAUAAAAGGCCACCAGUAUUUGGCGACUAUAUGGGUACAGAAGAAAUAUAUGAAGAUAUUCAAGAUACUAGUCUUCUAAAGAAACAUAUGGCUGACCAAUUAAACGAAUACAACAAUACUCCCGGAGUUAUCAGAAUGAAUCUUGUACUUUUUAAAGAUGCUUGCGAACACAUCUCGAAAAUUGUACGAGUUAUACGUCAGCCUCGCGGUAAUAUGCUGUUAAUUGGUAUUGGAGGAUCAGGAAGGCAGAGUUUGACUCGAUUAUCAGCGUUCAUCUGCGAUUAUACGACCUUCCAAAUAGAAAUAACAAAACAUUAUAGAAAACAAGAAUUCAGGGAUGAUAUUAAAAGACUCUAUUGGACUGCUGGUGUAGAAAACAAAGCUACUGUAUUCUUAUUCAACGACACUCAGAUAGUUGAAGAAUCGUUCUUGGAGGAUAUAAACAACAUGUUAUCUUCUGGUGAAGUACCUAAUCUCUAUAAACCUGAUGAAUUAGAAGAAGUUCGCAAUGCUCUAGCUGACGAUGCAAAGAAAGAGGGAAUCGAUGAUACACCAACGAAUAUGUUUAACUUUCUAAUAGAUAGAGUUAGAGCUAACCUACAUCUUGUUCUCUGUAUGAGUCCUGUAGGAGAACCAUUUAGGAAUAGGAUUCGUAUGUAUCCCGCUUUAGUAAAUUGUACAACAAUUGAUUGGUUUAGCGAAUGGCCGGAAGAUGCUCUCCUAGAGGUUGCCGACAAAUAUCUAGAAGAUUUGGAAUUAGCAAACGAAGAAGAAGAAAAAAUGAAACCAGCUCUCUCAAAAAUUUUCUCAAUUAUGCAUCGAACGGUCACUGAUUAUUCAGCUAAAAUGUUACAAGAAAUGAAACGUCAUAAUUACGUGACGCCAACAAAUUACUUGGAGUUAGUCGCUGGUUACAAAGAGCUCUUGUAUAAAAAACGUCAAGAAUUAUCCGAUGCUUCAAACAAACUAAAGAAUGGUCUUUCGAAAAUUGACGAAACUAGAGCCAAAGUUGAACAAAUGUCAAUCGAGCUUGAGAUCGAUAAGAAGAAAGUAGCUCAAUUCCAAAAAGAAUGCGAAGAAUAUCUUGUCGUUCUUGUACAACAGAAAAGGGAAGCUGAUGAGCAGAGAAAGGCUGUUCAAACGAAAAGUGAGAAAAUAUCUGAAGAAGAGGCAAAAUGUUUACAUAUGGCUGAGUUGGCUAAAGCUGAUUUAGCAGAAGCUAUGCCCGCUUUAGAGGAAGCUAAUAAGGCGUUAGACGCUUUGAACAAAAGCGAUAUUACGGAAAUCAAAUCAUACGGAAAACCGCCUGCGCUGGUUGAAACUGUUAUGCAGAGCGUUAUGAUAUUGAAAGGAGGUGAACCUACUUGGGCGGAAGCUAAGAGACAGUUAGGUGACCAGAAUUUUAUCAAAUCUCUCAUGUUCUUUGACAAGGAUAAUAUAAGUGAUAGAGUAUUGAAAAAGAUUGGUCAAUAUGUUGCUCAGCCUGAUUUUCAACCGGAUACAAUUGGACGUGUAUCUGCGGCUGCCAGGUCACUUUGUAUGUGGGUAAGAGCUAUGGAAUUGUAUGGAAGAAUAUUUAGGGUUGUUGAGCCGAAACGGCAGAGGCUUUAUGCAGCUGAAGCCCAGCUAAAAGAGAAACAAAAUCAACUUCAAGAAGCUAGAGAUAAACUAGCCGAAGUUGAGGGUAAAAUGGAACAGCUAAAGAAAGAAUAUGAUGAAAAAUUAGCUCAGAAAGAAGAAUUAAGACAAAAAGCUGAACAUACUGAAAUGAUGUUGAACCGAGCUUCCUUGCUUGUGGAUGGUCUUGCUGGUGAAAAAGAUAGAUGGGAAAGAACGGUUGAAGAUUUAGAGGAGAAGCUAGGCUUUUUAGUGGGAGAUGUUAUGAUUUCAGCAGCAUUCCUCUCCUAUUCCGGACCAUUCUUAUCAGAGUAUCGUGAUGACAUGGCCAAUUCAGUUUGGACAACUACAAUAACAAAAUUAGGUGUUCCUUGUUCUCCAUCUUUCAAAUUUUACGAUUUUAUGGUGAAAGCGACGCAAGUUCGUGAAUGGAAUAUUCAAGGUUUACCGUCAGAUACGUUUAGCACAGAAAAUGGCGUUAUAGUAACAAGAGGAAGACGAUGGCCUUUAAUGAUAGAUCCUCAAGGGCAAGCAAUCAAAUGGAUUAAAGCUAUGGAAGGAAAACAACUCAAAGUAAUUGAUUUGCAACAACCCGAUUAUAUGAGAGUUCUUGAGGCAUCCGUUCAACAUGGCUUACCCGUUCUAUUACAAAACGUACAGGAAAAGCUUGAUCCAUCACUUGACCCAAUUCUCAACAAAGCUAUUGUGAAAAUUGGCGGAGUACCAUUAAUAAGAUUGGGUGAUAAAGAAGUAGAAUACAAUUACGAUUUUAGAUUUUAUAUUACAACUAAACUUUCAAAUCCCCAUUAUGCUCCUGAAAUAUCAACAAAGACGACUAUAGUUAACUUUGCAGUAAAAGAACAAGGCCUAGAAGCCCAACUUCUUGGUAUUGUAGUUAGAAAAGAAAAGCCUGAAUUAGAAGAACAAAAAGAUACUCUGGUUACUGGAAUUGCAUCUAGUAAAAAGAAGCUAGAAGAUCUAGAAGAUAAAAUUCUGAGACUAUUAAAUGAGGCUCAAGGUUCGUUACUCGAUGACGAACAGCUGGUUAAUACUUUACAAACAUCAAAAGCUACCUCUCAAGAAGUUACUGAACAACUUCUUACGUCUGAAACAACUGAGAAGAAGAUUGACUCGGCAAGAGAAGGCUACAGACCGUGUGCUGAAAGGGCAUCUAUACUUUUCUUCGUGCUCAAUGACAUGGGCAGAAUCGACCCUAUGUAUCAAUAUUCUUUAGACUCUUAUAUAACUCUAUUUAAUAAUUCAAUAGACAAAUCAACAAGAUCAACAAAGUUAGAAGAGAGGAUAAUAAAUCUAAAUGACUAUCAUACCUAUGCUGUAUACAAAUUCACUUGUAGAGGAUUGUUCGAAAGGCACAAACUUCUCUUCUCCUAUCAUAUGUGUGCUAAAAUCCUUGAAUCAGCUGGUAAACUGAAUACAGACGAAUAUCAAUUCUUUUUGAGAGGAGGUAUAGUAUUGGAUCGAGAUAAUCAAAUGGAUAAUCCAUGUUCCGGCUGGUUGCCCGACUCCUCUUGGGAUAAUAUAACUGAAUUAGAUAAAUUGACCAACUUUCACGGUUUAAUUACUUCUUUUGAGCAGUACCCACGAGAUUGGAAUUUGUGGUAUACAUCGAGCGAACCAGAAAACUCUUCACUACCAGGAGAAUGGGAUAACGCUUGUAAUGAACUACAAAAAAUGCUGAUAGUUCGUUCCCUUAGGCAAGAUCGUGUCUCUUUCUGUAUAACAUCUUUUAUUGUUAAUAAUUUGGGAUCAAGAUUUGUGGAACCUCCAGUUCUUGAUAUGAAAUCUGUAGUUGAUGAUUCAACUGAAAAAACUCCGCUUAUCUUUGUUUUAAGUGCCGGUGUUGAUCCUACAACACUCUUAUUACAACUUGCUGAAUCGAAGAAUAUGGCUGCUAAUUUUCAUGCUCUUUCCCUUGGUCAAGGACAAGCUCCAAUUGCCACAAGAAUGAUUAAGGAAGGAGUAAAAGAGGGUAAAUGGGUUUUCUUAGCUAAUUGCCAUCUCUCGCUAUCCUGGAUGCCACAAUUGGAUAAGCUAGUAGAACAGCUACAAUUAGAAAAACCUCAUCCCGAUUUUAGAUUAUGGCUCUCUUCAAGUCCUCACCCAGAAUUUCCAAUAUCAAUAUUACAGACUGGUAUUAAAAUGACAACCGAACCACCAAAAGGCCUCAAAGCCAAUAUGAAACGUCUGUAUAAUUUAAUUACAGAUCAAACAUUUAGCAAGAGCUCCAAACCAGAUAAAUACAAAAAAUUGUUGUUCUGCCUCUGCUAUUUCCAUUCUAUAUUGCUGGAAAGACGAAAGUUUUUAAUGUUAGGUUGGAAUAUUCCAUACGAGUUUAACGAUUCCGAUUUCGAAGUUAGUGAGAAUCUAUUAUGCUUAUUCUUGGACGAGUAUGAUGAUACACCAUGGGACGCUUUGAAAUAUUUGAUUGCGGGCAUUAAUUACGGAGGUCAUGUGACUGAUGAUUGGGAUAGAAGGCUAUUAAUGACUUAUAUAAACGAUUUCUUUUGUGAUGACUCUAUUUCUACACCUUUCUUUAAAUUGUCAACGCUACCAACAUAUUAUGUUCCAAAGGAUGGUCCGUUAUCCUCUUAUAAGGAAUACGUAUCCAUGUUGCCAAAUAUAGACCAUCCAGAGGCUUUUGGUCAACAUCCGAAUGCAGACAUAACCUCUCAAAUACAGGAAACAAGAAACCUAUUUAAUACCCUUCUCUCUCUUCAACCACAGGUUUCCACUACCAAGGGAGAAAGUAGAGAAGAUCAAGUAAUCAACUUAGCCAGAAAUAUUUAUAAACAACUGCCAGAAAACAUAGAUUAUGAGGCGACAGCCAAGAUACUCAGCGUUGAUCCGUCGCCCUUAAAUGUUGUCCUCCUCCAAGAAAUUGAAAGAUACAACGCUCUUUUAGAUCAAAUUAGAGAGCAAUUAAUAGCCCUAGAAAAAGGAAUUCAGGGCUUGGUGGUUAUGUCAACUGAUUUAGAAGAUAUUUUCCAAUGUAUAUUUGAUGCUCGUGUACCAACAAGCUGGGAAAGAGCUUACCCAUCCAAAAAACCAUUAGCGUCUUGGACCCGAGAUUUGGUUCAGAGAGUCGAACAAUUUUCGAAAUGGGCUGAAACAACUCAUCCGCCUCUGGUAUUUUGGCUAUCCGGCUUCACGUUCCCGACGGGAUUCCUAACUGCGGUUCUUCAAACGAGUGCUCGUCAAAAUAAUGUAUCCGUCGAUUCACUCUCAUGGGACUUUAGCGUUCUGACAGUCAAUGAUAAUAACCUCGUCGCUGCCCCUAAAGAUGGUGUAUAUGUGAAAGGAAUGUAUCUUCAAGGAGCAGGAUGGGAUAUAAAGAAUCAAUGUCUGAUAGAAGCCGAACCUAUGCAACUCGUUUGCCCUAUUCCAUCAAUACAUUUCAAACCUGUAGAAACAAGAAGAAGAAGUCAGAGAGGUUAGCUAUAGCUUUUGUUAGAGUUUUUAUUGUUUCCUUAAGCAAAGAGUACACAGGGAAGUUUUCUUACUUCCUUGUUAGUUAUCCAUUAUCUCUAUUUAAUAAAAGAAGCAUUCACCCUCUUGAUAUUUUACAACAACUAUUUUAUCGUUCAAUAGAAAAAAAGAACGUAUAAUACUCUGAGAGCCCCUUUAACUAAUUAAAAGCCUUUAAUGCUCUACCAAGGGAAUAUCAAAGUGUUUAUUUUUGCAGUGUAUUUUUUAUCUCUUAAAAAGUUUUUCAGUGUGUAGUGCUCUUUCACAGGUACUUAUUGCUGCCCGGUAUACUAUUUUACUGACCGGGGUCGAAUACAUCCCAGACCUAGCUAUGUUCUACAAGUGGAUUUAAGGACUGGGAGUAAACCGAUAGAACAUUGGAUUCGAAGGGCUGUUGCCCUCGUUUUAAGUCUCGACUUUUGAAGGUGCCAAGACUAGUGAUUCACAAAAAAAAAAAAAUAAAAAUACCUGCAUGAUUGCUAUUGCUAUUUUAUUAAAUCAUAAUUACAGUUCAACUAACAACUCAAUGAUUAUCCCCGGUGAUUCUUCCCUUCCUAACUAAAUUGCAUGCCAAUCAAUAUUUCUAUAAGCUAAAAAGACAAAAAACUAACAAUGUUGGGAAUCUUUUCCUUUCCGAAAAUAAAAACGACAAAACUACUUAAAAAAUUUAGAUUAAGAUGACUAAAUACGUCUUUUUUCUUUUUUUUUAAAAAAAAUACAGGUAUUUACUCGUGCCCUUGUUAUUAUUAUCCUGAUCGGGCAGGUAAAACCGGAAGGGCAUCCUUCGUUGUUGCAGUUGACCUCAAAACUGGAGAAAAGACAUCAGAGCACUGGGUUAAACGUGGAACAGCAAUUCUGAUGUCUCUCGACUCUUAGUUUUAAGUGUAUAUAUUACCCCAAUUUAUUACUCGAUGGAUAGAAGUGGAUCUUUUGUUAGACCUGCCUACGUUACAUCUGUCGAACUGAGAUACGGUGUCUUUAAUCCAGAAUACUGGAUAAAACGCGCAGUUGCUCUUUCGUUAUCGUUAGAUGUUUAAAAACAAACAUUUUAUUUUAUGUUUAACCUUAAUGUUUACAAACAAUGAAUAACAAACAAAAAGGCACGAUAUAUUUAUGAACUUACAGUUUUAUUCUUUAUUAAAAUCUAUAAAUUGUUUAAUAAAUCAUAAAAAAUAUCAAACUCUUAUAUAUACAGUAUAUAAAAAGAAAAUAGAGGAAUAUACUAAAUAGGAUAUGUAUAUUUCACUUUCGAUUCUCCACCUUCUCAUCCCAUCCCUUUUUCAACGAUACAUAUACUGUAUAUACAGUAUAU